AUGCUUAGCAGUUCCAGGAGCCUCACCACCCUUUAUAUUGGGUGCAACUUCCUGCAUGAGACCAUGCCAGAGGAUGUCAGCAUUGAUGGUUUUCAGAACCUCCAGGUUCUUUAUAUAAAUCAUUGUUCAUUGUGUGGAAAAAUACCUGAUUGGCUAUCAAAGCUACCGAAUUUGGGGAUGCUAUUUUUGCAAGGCAAUCAACUAACUGGACCGAUACCUGAAUGGAUCAGCAGCCUAAAUUUUCUCUUCUCUCUAGAUAUAUCAAACAACAGCCUUACAGGGGAAAUUCCAAGGGCCUUAAUGGAGAUGCCAAUGCUAGAAUCAGAUAAUACUGCACCAAAGGUAUUCUUUGAGCUGCCUAUUUGGAACAAGAACCAAUUUCUGCAAUACCUCACGCCCAGUGCUUUUCCUAAAGAGCUUAAUCUAGCCAUGAAUAAUUUCACUGGUAUGAUUCCGGUGGAGAUCGGUAGGUUACAAGGACUAUUUUCACUUAACUUGAGCUCCAACAGAUUAUCUGGAGAGAUACCAGAACAGAUCUGCAAUCUCACGAACCUGCAGAUGCUCGACUUGUCUGGUAAUCAUCUCACUGGUAAGAUUCCAGCUGCAUUGAACAAUCUGCACUUCCUUUCCAGAUUCAACAUUUCUAAUAAUGACCUAGAAGGCCCUAUUCCAAACAUGGGCCAGUUCAGCACGUUUCCGGAUUCUAGCUUUGGUGGAAACCCAAAACUGUGUGGCCCUAUGGUUGCAAACCAUUGUGAUUCGGCAGAAGCAAGUCCAGUUUCCAUUGACCCUAUAAAACAGAUUGGUAGUGAGGCCAUCAUCUUUAUGACCUCCUUCGGUGUUUUCUUUGGAGUAGGAGUCCUAUAUGAUCAGAAAGUCUUAGCUAGACAUUUUGGCUGA